AUGGAUGUCUUUCUAAUGAUUAGGCGAAAAAAAUUAACCAUCUUCACGGACGCCAAGGAUACCACGACUGUUUUAGAAUUGAAGAAAAUGAUAGAGGGUAUACUAAAGGUGCCACCACCAAGUCAGAUGCUUUUCAACAAAGAUAGUCAACUCAUGGAAGAUGAUAAAACUCUUGCUGAAUAUGGUCUAACAUCUGCCACAGCUAAGGCUCAGUGCCCGGCACCCAUUGGACUUGCAUUAAGAAAAGAUAAUGGCGAAUUCGAAGUAUUGGAACUGACACCCUACUCUACCCCACCAGACCUACCAGACGUCAUGAAAUCUCAGGAAACCAAUGGACAGGAACAGAUGGAUCAACAC